ACAACUAUUUUCACAAUCUAAAGAAGAGACAACAAGAUUGAUUGUAACUCCAAUUAAGGCAGCAGAGCAAGUUAUCCUCCCAAGUCCCACCCUUUUUCAGAUAUUGUUGGCCAAUGCAAGUGGGGCGGCAACAGUGAAUCCAGGUUAACUUGUACCAUAAUUAAUCUUCUUAAUCCUUAUUACUACAAUUGUAAUCUUCUUUUCUUGUCCUCAAAGUUUCUAAACUACUACUUAAACCCCCAAACAUACCCUAAUCCCAAUCAUCCCAAACCUUUUUUUUACCAUCAUUAACAAAAUACUCGACCGUUAAUAAUUUGUCUGUCUAUCUGUCUAUCGAUCUCGUUAGUCGAAAAUCAAACAUGGGUCAUAGCCAUGUGCAUGAUUGGGGUCCAGUGUUCAUUGCAACAAUCUUAUUUGUGCUUCUUUCUCCUGGGCUAUUGUUCCAAGUGCCAGGUGCACAAAGGUGCAUUGAGUUUGGGAGCUUCCGUACUGGUGGGGCCGCCAUUUUGUUUCAUGCCCUUCUCUACUUUGGCCUUAUUUGUAUCUUCUUGAUUGCCCUUGGUAUUCACAUGUAUUGGGGUUAAUUAAAACACCAUUUUUCUUUUACACGAGUUAUUGUAUUAUAUGGAUUCAUCGUGAAUUAAAAAUAAUUUCUUUUG